AUGCCGCUCUGUCUCACCUUCAUCGACUUAAAGAAGGCCUUCAACUCAGUUGAGACGGAGGCAGUCGCAGAAGUCUUGGACAACCAAGGCGUCCCUACUCAGUGCAUUAAGGUUGAUGGUCGGCAGCUAAACCAUUUGCUUUUUGCUGAUGACAUCGUACUGAUAACACCUAGCACCAGCCAAGCGGAACGAAUGCUGUCCGAAUUCGACGAAACAGAAGAUCACGGUUCUAGUCGACCUGCUAGGGAGUCUACCCUCAACGAGAUACCAGCUCUCGUCAUCAUCUGCACAAUCGCGAUUAGACUACUGCACUCUUGUAGACAGACGGUGAAUGCAAAUGUAACCACGGAUCCGACCACUUCUCAUAGUCUUGCUGUUCCCAACAACUAUCGCAUAAGCGUGGGAUGA